UAGAGCGGUCUGAGCGGAGAAAGUCGAAAUUCGAAUUGAAUUUGAAUUGUAGUUGUCAAAGCUGCCUUUAUUAUUGAAUUGUGGGACUCGUUCAUUGAUCUAUACUAAAAGUAAACAUGAACAAAUAGCAAGGCCGAGAUUACGAAAUACUGUCUAUUUAAAGUCCAAUUUUAUCAAGGUUUUGCAAUCGUUCUGAACACGUUGCGAAGGGUCGAAUGUCGAAAGGUUUUAGACCUCAUAUAAAGGUUGCCAAUAACGUUAAAGCUAAGAAAAAUGUUAAUUUGAAACCAACUGCAACAGCAUAUCUACAGAUAUUUGGUACUGGCAGUGGCGAUACGAAUCCGUCAAUAUUUCUAUUUGCAGAUUCUCAAAGAUAUGUCUUCAGUUGUGGUGAGUCGACGCAGCGUCUUUUUAAUGAACACAAACUUAAACUUGGAAAAAUCAACAAUAUAUUCCUUACUCAAUUAAAAUGGCCAUUUUUUGGUGGAGUGCCUGGGUUGCUUUUGACUUUACGUGAAGCCAACAAGGCGAGUGUGAAUUUGCAUGGACCUCAGGGAACGACAGACCUACUGCGUGCAAGCAAAGGCUUUUUGUCAAUGGGUAAUUUGGAUCUAAGGAUUACGGAGUAUGUUUGCAAUGGUGACAAAGGGAUAUAUAAAGAUGAGAAUAUAGUAGUGAAGGCCAUUCCAAUCAAAGGUAAUCGUGAAGAAAAUUUUAUUGAAGAAAAUUUUCACUGUUAUUGUGAUUCAAUUUGUGAACCAAAAAAGAAUUUUUCGUAUGGCUCAGAAAUAACAAAAUUACUCCAAUGUGAUGAUAUGCUUGAAAGAGCAAAGCGAUUGAAGUGGAUAUCCACUCGAGGACUGUGGUCAAUUAUGUGUGAACUUGUGUCCAUGCGGGUAAAAUGAAUUUAAAAAGCUACUGACUUGAAUGUUCCCAAAGGACCACUUCUUGGUAGAUUACAGAAAGGAGAAGAUGUUGUUUUGGGUAAUGGCACUAAGGUCAGAUCUUCGGAUGUAAUGGAGAAGUCUUCAGCUGGUCCAAUAUUCUGUAUCAUCGACUGUCCCAGUAUGUACUAUCUAAAACAGUUGGUGUCCAAUGACGUCCUUCUGUCAUGUCAGUUGUACAAAGAUAAUUUGACACCGAUCAUCAUGAUUCAUCUCACCCCUGAGGAUGUUGUGAAAGAACCAGAAUAUAAAGCAUGGCUGGAAAGAUUCGGUCCAGAAUGUCAACAUUUGUUUUUAAAUGAAGUAAUGUGUCCUGCAAAAAUAUCCAUGUUAUCUCAACUUGGUAUCCAAUAUUGUCUGAAUCAACUAAAUCCUCGGUUAUUUCCACCUUUAUUUGCAACAGAGAAGUCAAAUCACGAUGAUCUCCCUGCCAACUGGAGUGUUGGUGAGCCAUAUCUUAUAUACCAUUUACGACCUACUACUAUACAAGGCUAUGAUCGUAUUGAGAUCAGUAGAAAAUGGGAUAUGCUUACGAGUAAAGUAACGGAGAGAAUGAAAUGUUUAAAAUCCUCUGAGGAAUUCACGUUGCUUCAAAUGAGAAACGCUCUAAAUCAAUUUAUAAAUCCUGAGAAGUUUGUGGAAAUAGCGAAAGAAAAAAUCAAAACUGCGAAUGAAAAGAGACAUAUAUCGAAGGAAUCAAAUGAAAUGGACAAGGAACUUUCUGUCGUCUUUUUGGGAACUGGCGCCUCACUCCCGUCAAAAUUUAGAAAUGUUAGCUGUAUGCUUGUUCAUUUGAGCGAUGAGCAGUCGAUACUUUUGGACUGCGGUGAAGGCAGUUAUGGACAGUUAUAUAGACAUUAUGGUCCGAACUUACAUAAAGUUCUACUCCAACUAUGCUGCAUAUUUAUAUCUCAUAUGCACGCUGAUCAUCAUUUGGGUCUCAUCAGCGUCUUACAAGCCUGGAAGCGGUGUAUUGAUUCUUGCCCGCGCGAAGAAAGACCAGAGCCCAUUGUUGUUAUAGCUCCGUCAUUUCUUUAUGAUUGGUUACAUUACUACGGAACUUUCUGCGAUACCUUAAACUUCAGGUUUUACGAUUCGCGAAAGUUCGUUGCUGGCGUACAAACGGAGGCCGACAAUAUCCUUUCGUCUUUGUUGCAUGCAAAGGUCUCCAUAGUUCCCGUCGUACAUUGCCCUCAUGCUUUUGGCUUGGUGUUAAGCCACACGAAGGGUUGGAAACUAGUUUACUCUGGGGACACCAGACCGUGUGAGGCUCUGAUCAAAGAAGGAUUGGACGCUACUCUUGUCAUUCACGAAGCUACAUUGGAAGACGACUUAUAUAACGAAGCUGUUGCCAAGCAACACAGUACAACGUCUGAAGCCAUUGAAUGUGGACAGAAGAUGAAGGCAAAAUUCACGUUGUUGACACAUUUCAGUCAACGCUACCCCAAGAUCCCCAUUUUUAAUACAAAAUUUAAUGACUGCGUUGGCAUUGCUUUUGAUCACAUGAUGGUGAACUUUGACAAUCUUAGCGAUUUGCCACAGCUACUUCGACCCCUGAAAGCCAUUUUCAAAGAGGAAUUUGAUGAACAAAGUAAAAACUCAAGAUUUAUCAACAGUCUUCAAGUAAAUAUUUAUUGAUGCCGUUGAGUGAAAUUCGCUGACCGAACUCGGCAACUCGUGAAUUUUUAUACAUUUUUUUUGUUUGGAUGUAUAAAAUAAAUAGCGAAGAGAUUUGUGUUAUAAAAAAAUUUGUAAGAAUUUAAUCUUGUUAAUCAUUGUUGUGCAUCAUCGUUUA